AUGACCCAGGGUAACAUUGGCGCCUGGCAAAAGUCUGUCGGCGACGCUCUUGCUCCCGGCGAGGUUCUCGUCGAGAUUGAGACUGACAAGGCCCAGAUGGACUUUGAGUUCCAGGAUGAUGGCUACCUGGCCAAGAUUCUGCUCGACGCCGGAGCCAAGGACAUUGCCGUUGGCACCCCCAUUGGUGUCUACGUCGAGGACGAGGCCGACGUGGCUGCCUUCAAGGACUUCACCAUUGACGACGCCGGAGGAGUCCCCAAGCCUCCCAAGACCGAGGAGCAGAAGGAAGAGGAGGAAUACGAGGCCGAGAAGGCCGAGAAGGCCGAGAAGGAGGCCGAGGCUUCCAAGGAGACUGCUUCUCCCGCCCCCUCUUCUCAGUCCUCUGCCCCUGCUGCCCCCACUCCCCCCUCUUCUCGAAUCUUUGCUUCUCCCAUGGCCAAGACCAUUGCUCUGGAGAAGGGCAUCAAGCUUAGCGAGAUCAAGGGCUCCGGUCCCGGUGGUCGAAUCAUCAAGCGAGACGUCGAGAACUGGACCCCUCCCGCCGCUCCCGCCGCCAAGGCUGCCCCUGCCAAGGGCGCUGCCCCUGCUGCUGCCGCUGCUGCUGGAUCUGCUUACACCGACAUUCCUCUCACCAACAUGCGAAAGACAAUUGCUUCUCGACUGACCCAGUCCAAGAACACAUCUCCCGACUACAUUGUGUCUUCCACCGUGUCUGUGUCCAAGCUGCUCAAGCUGCGAGCUGCUCUCAACGCCUCCUCCGAUGGUACCUACAAGCUGUCCAUCAACGAUCUGCUUGUCAAGGCCCUGGCCGUGGCCAACACCAAGGUCCCCCAGGUCAACUCCCAGUGGCUCGAGUCUGAGGGUGUUAUUCGACAGUUCACCAACGUGGACGUUUCUGUCGCCGUUGCCACCCCCACUGGUCUGAUCACCCCUGUGGUCAAGAACGCCAACCUCAAGGGUCUGGCGGAAAUCUCCAAGGAGAUUAAGGCUCUGGGCAAGAAGGCCAAGGACGGCAAGCUGGCUCCCGAAGAGUACCAGGGCGGUACCGUGACCAUUUCCAACCUGGGCAUGAACCACGCCGUGUCCUUCUUCACUGCCAUCAUCAACCCUCCCCAGGCCGCCAUUCUCGCUGUCGGCACCACCGAGCGAAAGGCCAUUGAGGACGUUGACUCCGAGGCCGGCUUUGUCUUUGACGACGUUGUUACUCUGACCACCUCUUUCGACCACCGAGUCGUCGAUGGAGCUGUUGGAGGCGAGUGGGUCAAGGCUCUCAAGCAGGUGGUUGAAAACCCCAUUGAGAUGUUGUUGUAG